AUGACUGAUGCAAGUAUAGGUGAAUCAUCUCCACUAGUUUUUCACAUAUCUGGUAUUUCACCUAAAACAGAUAAUCGAACAUCAAUGCAAAAACGAUUUGCUGUUUGGUUCAUUCUAAUAACUGUUGCUUUUGAAAGAUUAGCAUUUUUCUCAUUAGUUGGUAAUCUUGUUCUUUUCCUUUCAUCGAAUUCUAUUCGUUGGACAUCAUUUCAUAGUAUAAUUGCUUCAUUAAUUUUUUACGGUACAAGUUAUAUAUCAACACUUGUUUUUUCUUGGAUAAGUGAUGCUAAAUUAGGUCGUGCAAAAACAAUUCUAAUUGGUUUUAUUUUAUAUAUUAUUGGUUAUUUAUUCAUUCAAUUAUUUUCAAUAGCUGAAAUAUAUGAAACAUUAUGUAAUGGACCACCAACUUAUAUGGAUGAGUCAACACCAUAUUUCAAAGAAAAAUGUAGCACUCAAAUUACGGUCGUACUUAUUGUCACUGCAAUUGGUGUAGGAGUAGUUCAAUCAAAUAUGGCUGUAUUUGGAGCUGAACAAAUUCGAGAAAAAACACUUACAACACAAUAUUUUUAUAAAUAUUAUGUUGCUGUAAAUAUAGGCUCUCUUCUUGCAUUUGGUAUAAUUGCUUAUGUGCAACAGAAUAAAUCCUAUUUUAUAAGUUAUUUAAUAUCAACUAUAUUACUGGUUGUAACUUUGAUAGUUUUUAUUAUUGGACAUAGAUGUUAUAUUCAUAUAAAACCACAUGAUUCUGUAAUAACUAAUUUUUUUCCUGUUUUAAUUAAUGCAUUUCAAACAUGGUAUAAACAUCGAUACUAUAUUCGUAAAAUGUCUAAUGAACGUAGACUUUCCAAUGAAUCCAUGUUUUCAAAUGAUCAAUAUGAAAAUAAUAAGGAUCAAAUAUUGUUUAAUAUGAAUGAACAACCAAUAUCAUUUUUUGAUUAUGCUAAAGGAACAAAUAAUGGUCGAUUUCCAGAUCGUAUUGUUGAUGAUAUUAAAUCACUUCGACGUAUUAUUGUAAUGUUUCUACUUUUAAUACCCUAUUGGCUUAUAUAUGUGCAGAGUAAUACAACAUUUAUUAUACAAGGUGUUCAUAUGAGAAUACCACUAUUACAAUCACACAUUAAUCAUAUGCCUGUAGUUUGGCUUUCUCUUGGUGAUCAAAUAAUAAUCAUUCGUAAUGCAACUUAUUACGCUGCUGAUAUGUCGAUAUUUUAUCAAUUUCCACAGUAUAUAAGUAUAGGUCUAUCUGAAGUAUUUGCUUCAGUAGCUAGUUUUGAAUUUGCUUAUUUGGCUGCACCUCAAUCAGCUCAAUCACUUGUAAUGAGUCUUCGUUUUUGUUCAGUUGGUCUUUCAUCAUUUUUGGGUUCUGCAUAUAUAAGUAUAUAUGAAAGUGCUUAUGAAAAUUUUACAGUAACAAAUUUAGAGUGUAAAGAUUCUGAAAAAUCUGAAUUAUUUUAUAUUUAUUUUUUUAUUCUUGCUGGUAUUCAAUUUAUUUUUAUUUUUAUUUUUCUUGGAUGUGAUCGUAAAUUUCAAAUACUCAAAGCUUCACAACAUCGAUUUAAUACACGUUUAUUUAUAGGAACAAAUUCUAGAACAUCAGAUGUUUGA